AUGCCGCUGUUGGUGAGAGAACUCCAGAUGGAAAUCGGCGGCUGCCGCAUCACCCUGUGGCAGCAAGAGGGUCAGCAGAUUUGGUGGACCAUCAAAGAUGUUCUGCGGCUGCUCUGGAAUGCUGAAUCAGACGCACGUUGGAUGUCAGCACAUCCCAAGGCGGCCCUCUUUGAUCAAUUGGACACCAACGGCGAUGACGAAGUGAACCUCCAGGAAUUUCAAGCUGCACAGGUUCGAGACCUGGUGGUUGCCACGGGACAGCGAAAGGUGGAUCUCUUUGAUGAGUUGGAUUCCAACUUGGAUGGUCGGGUCACCCGUGAGGAGUUUGCUGCAGUGACGGCUGGGGCGGCCCAGUGGAUGGGCGAAGAUGCGCUCAUUGGAGCGGUUCUGGCGGAAGAUUCAGAGAGGGCGUUGACCCUUCUUCGCACUGCAGAUGUCACCGUGCGUGACAAGGAAGGUUGCACAGCUCUUCAUCGUGCCUCUGCGUUGCCAGGUCUGGCACGUGUGCGACGUGCCUUGUUGCUUGGUGGAAGCCUCGCGCAAAGGGGGCUCGACGGGUUGGUAGACUGCCCCAAAGAAGAUAAGAAUUUGAAACAUGGGAAUGAAUCGCUGACCAUUAGACUCGUGGACGUCCUCAUUGCUCGCAAGCCGAAGGUUGGAGAAGGGCGGCGCACGCCUAGCUUCGAUGAGGCCGCCAGUUUUCACGACGCGGACCGGCCACUGGGACGUCGUAGCGUCGUAGCCACUGAAGCUCUGCAUUUGGCGGCGGAGUACGGUCGUGCGGAGGUCUGCAGAUGUUUGUUGGACCAUCCAAAGUUCACUGUGGUGGACGUCCUCCCCUCAUGGAUGAACGGAGCCAUGCUGCGAGCCAGGCGCGCAGUGGGAUCCAGGAAAGUUCUUCUCAUCUCCGUUCUGUUGUCGAUGGCUGUGUCGAUUCGGGACAUUGAGGAACAUCUGGCUGAGGCUCAUGUGCACGGCGCUUCUUCAGUGCAAUCCGAAGAGGGCAAUCCACACCUUGCAUGCUGCGGCUGCCCCAAGAAGAAGGGCAAAAUCAUGGGCUACAAAGACAGAUGCGACCCAAACCAGGGAGAUCCUGUGCGUCAGACUGAGAAGUGCGGCGCCGACUGUGGAGCACCGCAGGAGGGCUGGAAAUGUUGGACACAGUCGAAGCGACAGGUCUACUGCACUGAACCCUGA